GCAGCUGCAUUUCUUUCCUUUCGAGUAGUCUUAUCACUUCCGCAAACGGGUUCGCUGGAGAUCACAUGACCGCGCCAGAUCAUAUGACCGACGGAAAGCACGGUGUAGUUGCACAAGACAAGGCUCCUCGAGCACAGGUCAAAGUGACCCUCCGAACCAGAACACCGUGCGCGUGUCAAGUGCGCGAGGGAGCAGCACCAUUUCAGCCGGCAUUGUUUUAGCCCGUGCAGUUCGAGUAGAGAAGCAAAUCGCGCGGUGGACGCGUUGAGUCUUUCUUUGUCCUCCCGGACACGAUGAAGGGAAGUAUUGGCUUGCUGUUAUGCGCGCUCGCGCUGUUCAUAGCAGGCGCGAGGGGCGACACACCUGCGAACUGCUCCUUCGAAGACCUGGUGGGCUCAUGGGUGUUUCAGGUGUCGGAGGGCGGCAAAGAUCGGACUGUGAACUGCUCUGCAGAGAUGGGCCCUGCAGUGAAGACGGUGACGGUGCAUCUGGAGAAGUUGUCUGUGGCAGCAGAUGACCUGGGCAACUCCGGCUUCUUCACCCUCAUCUACAACCAGGGCUUUGAGGUGGCGCUCAACGACUACAAGUGGUUCGGCUUCUUUAAGUAUGGUCAGCAUGGAUCCGAGGUGGUCAGCUACUGUGACCAGACGUUGCCAGGUUGGGUGCACGACGUGUUGGGGAACAACUGGGCCUGUUUCACCGGCAAGAAGCUCACUGCCGUGCCUCCCCGCCACCAUCGGAACCCUCGCCUAACACCCCCCGACCACCGGUUGUUGCUGCAGACCUACAAGCCUAGUGAUGAGUUUGUGGAGGCCAUCAAUGCCGCCCAGAGCUCCUGGAGGGCCACAAGCUACACAGACACACAGCUACACACAAUUCAGGAGCUGAUCUACAGAGCAGGAGGACCCCGCUCCCACAUCCCACAACGUGUUCGCCCUGCCCCUGUUUCCAUGGAGAUGGCGAAGUUGAGUGCUGGGCUUCCUGAGCACUGGGACUGGAGAAAUGUGGGAGGAGUCAAUUACGUCAGUCCCGUGCGUAACCAAGCGUCAUGUGGGAGUUGCUACUCCUUUGCCUCUAUGGGGAUGCUGGAGUCUCGCAUUCGGAUCCUGACCAACAACACACACCAGCCCAUCCUCAGCCCCCAGCAAGUGGUGUCCUGCUCUCAGUACUCGCAAGGCUGUGAUGGCGGGUUUCCGUACCUCAUUGGGAAGUACGUGCAGGACUUUGGCAUCGUGGAGGAGGAUCAUGCUCUCUACCUCGGGCCGCACGCCUGCCUCUGUCCCGACGAUUGCCUUACGCCUGAAAACUCACUACGGGGUGGUUUCUAUGGCAACUGCAACGAGGCGGCCAUGAUGCUGGAGCUGGUGAGGGAUGGCCCGAUGGGCGUGGCCUUCGAGGUGUACCCAGACUUCAUGCACUAUCAAGAGGGCAUCUACCACCAUACAGGUAUGUGUACACACACACACACACACACACACACACACACACACACACACACAGAGACCCCUGUUCCCCCCACAGGCUGGUGUAUCCCCCACACAGGGUGA